AGGCCCGCUGGCCACCGUUCGUGCGUGCAUGGUCGGCCACCCGGACCGCCUGGUACCGGACAAGCAGGAGGGCCUGGACAAGGCAAUGCGCGAGAACUACGCCUACAUCGACACGCAGCGCGGGCUGCGCGCGGCACUGCACGACCGGCAGGCCACGAGUAUCGAGGUCUCCACGGGUCACAUCGGCACCACAAUAAUGUCAUUGGCCGUGCACAAGACCUGUUUCUACCGCAACGCCUUCUCUACUGUAUCAAGGAGGCUUGUCGAGUCUGGUCACUUUCUCAAGUGGGAACGCGAAGAUCAGCCCAUACGACCCAAGGUGAAGCAGAGCCACUUCGAGGCCAUCGAGCUCUCGGACGUGUUCAGUCACGGCACAAUACUGAUCGCCGGCUACUGCAUGGCGCUCGUAGCCUUAGUCAGCGAAUACGCACGAUUCCGAUACGUGUCACGCAGGAGCAUCAGCGAGGACCAACGUUGGAUCGCCGACAACACACCGAAAGCAAUCGCCUCUUCCAUGAUGCGACCGCGACGUACGAAGAAAGCGCUGCAUCAGCGUCGGCAAGGCAGCAAGCGACCCCCGACUACAGUGGUCGUAGCCGUUCCCACUCCGCUACCGCCACUGCCCCCUGUGAACCGGCCUCGACGCUGGGAGACGCGGGUCGUGGGUCAGUCGGGAUUCAAGCGCGUCUCCAUAAAUCUCGGCCCGCACGCGUUUCCCAAGAUCGACUCGGCGGCAACGGCGGGCCUGCCGCUGGAAGCAGGCGGAGCCGGAGGCCAGGCGAGAAGAGACGAUCGCUGCCCGCUACCGAACUUGCCGCCCGUGAGCACGUAGUCGGGGAGGCCACAACCGAAGCGCUCGCGCUUCGGCGAGUUCGUGAUGAUGCGCUUUCUCGCGCACGCCGUUGGUUGAUGUGUAAGUUGAUCAAUGGCGAUGGAAAGGUCAGCCUAAUUGCAUACAAUAUGCGAGCGCAAAGUGUACACAGGGGCUUGCACGGAAGGUAGGGCGGCGAAACGAGGUCGAAGGCAAUAAACGAAACCCGUUGAAACGUAUAGGGUUGCGAAGCAACGAUUGUUCGUUUAUUUCGGCAUGACAUAUGGUUCCCAGGAAGGUGGAAACUUGAAGUGCUGAGCAGUGGGCGAAAUGUUUCUGCCCGGAGCCACGUUUCGACAAGAGGACUUGUCUUUUUAUCACGGCGAAGGCAAUUGUCCCUUGUUGAUACGUUGGCUCGAGGCUGAGGAUUCUCGU